AGCAAAUUUGGGACCACAUGGAAUCACAAAAUUUAGCUGACUUUCCCCGACCUGUUCAUCACAGGAUUCCCAACUUUAAGUAACGUGCGAUUGCAUUGGAAACAGGGCGCUUCUCAUGCUGCUGAGCAACUCCCACGCUUGCAGGCGUUCAAAACGGCCAGGACCAUUAAAGUAAAUCCUGAUGCCCCCCAGAAAAAUGCUCGCUUCUUCGUCCUUGAAGUAAGUGCACCUCUGUCUAUUUGCCUAACUAGGGGUCUUAUCUGGCCUGCCAAAACAUCAAAGACCUAGACGUUUUUGCCAGAACACAGGAAGUUAAAGUGGACCCUGAUAAACCACUGGAAGGCGUUCGGCUGCUGGCGCUGCAGGUAAUUCCGCUUCCCUGAGCCGAGCCGAGACCUGGCCGCCAAGGGGGACACCUUUUCCAGGUCGCUGGUCAGUGCACACGUCUGUCUUGUAUUUAGAAAGUCAGUGCUUCUGAUUCCCUCCAAUAGAGAAAGUGCUCUUGGUGGUGAUUUUUCCAAGAAUAGUUCAGAAGCCCUUCAGCUGUUUAGCAUUCAGUUAAUCAGGAGUCCCAAAUGUGUCUAAAUUCAGAGAUAAAGGAUGUUCAAAACAAUGGCUUCCGCACAAGAGAGGGAACGCCAGCAGAACCUGUGAUGGUCCAGAAUUGAGGAGCCGGUGCUGAAACGGUGACACCACUUUGCCAUUUGAAAUGAGCACGCUGACAAGCUGGCUGAACACAGAAUCAUUUGCCUCUGGAUGACAGACGUCACUUGUCAUGUUCUGAGACUAUGAAGACCAGGGAUAAGAACUGGAAAGGUUUCUUCUCAACACUGUUGAACUUUUUAAAUUCAGGCAUGCUCUUAUAAUUUUUAUUUUUUUUCUUCCUAUCCAACCAAACACAGAAACUAUGGCGUGGAAACAUUCUCAGUUUUGAUGUGCUUCAUCAGAGGAGGGAGAUUGCAACAUAUUUAGUUCUUUUUGCCAUAGGUGUAGUGUUAUAAUUCUUUGAAACAUGAUCCAUUGCGAGUAAGAAGCCUGAUGUGCCCUCAAAAUGUAUCCAUUAGAGCGCUGUUUCUCGACUGAAAACAUAGAGGCCCCUUUUCAAGGAAAAAAAGAAAACUCCCCCAGGGUUGGUUUAAAUUAGUUUAUUAUAAUCUAAUUCAGUAUGAUAAACAUAAAACUUGAUAUAAAUUUUAACGCAGAUACCUUUUAUGCAACUAUAAAACAAAAUAAGCAUAUACGUUAAAUACAAACAAAACUAUAAAAUCAGUAACAUUCAAAUCACCCCAUUAAUGUAGUGUAAUGGUUAGUGUGGUUUUGCUGAAGCAAAUCACAGCUGAUGACAUGAGUAUAGUACUGGCCAUCUCACGGCAGCAUCGUCAUCAUUCUGCCUUACGCGGCCACGCGUUGUGUGCCGACACCAUUCUCCCACCCAAGUUGUCAAGUCAAAUUCCUGAGAAGCCCUGGCGAGAGGAGCGCUUUCCACACAGCGUGGCAAAGAAAGGGGAACGGCAGAGUGUAUUCUUGCUGGAGCUGAGAGAAGGGGCCUGCCCUGGGUCCAGGCUCGUGUGGGACAUCGUUUUGUCUGCUGAUGGCGGUUCAGUCCCAAGAGAGACUUCUAUGUAGGCUAUUCCGGAAGCGUAGCUUCCUGUCAGCCUUAUUUUCUCAGUUAAUGAAUCAUUUGAAUAAGCUAGAAGUAGGAAUAGCAGCAGUAGCAAGGAAGGACAGUAGUCAGCAGUCGCUGCAUUCGAGGCACAGUUCUGUCUAAAUGUUUUCCCUGUGUUAUGUGGUUUAGCUCUCCAGUAGUCCUGUGGGAGCCAUCUCUUCUCCUCUGUGACACUUGAAACCAGAUGCAGAGAGGCUCCACCUCAGGUUACCACACGUCAGUCUCGGCACAGCCAGGAUUCUGACCCAGCCACCUGACUCCAGAGCCAGUCCUUGCAGGUGUGAAGUUCAGGGUGUUCUCAGCUGUCAGCCCCUCAGAGCAAAAAUCAGAAACCUUGACCGUGUGGAGGUCAGCCUUAGCCAAGACGGCCUGGAAGAGGGAUGCAGACCUGCGCAAAUCCCUGUUGCUUCAUGCCAUCGUUUAUUCAGACUGGAGAAACAACUGCAUACAUAACUGAGCUAUCUCCCAGGCUGCGUGCUGGGCAUAGGAUGUAGUGGUGAAAGACACCGACACACAUGUGGUCCCUGAGUUCUGGUGCUUACAGGGUCCUCAGUGGUUUUUGGAAACUUUAAGGGACUUAAGGAUCAGCUGGGAUGCAGGUAAAAAUCCAGGUUCCUGAGCCCCAGCUGUGUGUGGGCAGGCAAUGGUGACAUGCACAGCCUCAGGCCACACCUAGAGGCACAGCGGCCAGUAUCUGACCGCACAGUCCCCAGUGUGGGGGGCAUGCACAGCUUCCCAGGCUCAACCCCAGACCUGUGAGUCUCUAGAGUGGCAUCAGACUCUGCUUCAUCAAUACUCUGGGGGUGCUCCAAGCACGCAGGCUUCAGGACCACUGGCUUAGGUGCCACUUGCCAGCUCUAGCCACAUGGUGGUGUCACUCAAGGAGGUUUGAAGACUGUCUGUUAGCCAUGCCAGGUUCCAACUGGUCUCUGGAGUGAGGUCUAGACCUCGGUAAUUCUUAAAGCUUGCUGGUGAUUCUAAUGCACACUAAAGGCUGAGAUCCACUGAGCCAGAGGAUGAGCAGCUUCUAGAAAAGAGAGAGCGAUCCCCAUAAUGUGGUGCACAGGACUCCAACACUGCCAAUGAGGGGAGCCACACUCCACCACUCACAGAAAAGCAGCACGCGGCAGUUAGAGUGCUGUGUUGAAGUCAUUUGCUUUCGUGGUUGACAAGCCUUUGUUGAAAUAGGCCAAACAGAUGUUAUGGGUCUUUUAUUGGUCUUGCGAUGUCAUCUCCUGCUCAAAAACUAAAAUAUACUAUUAUUUACAUGAAAGAUUUCACAGAUCUUGUGAUUGCCUUGUGGCUUACCCUUGCAUAAUCUAUGAGACAUCUCAGCCAGCGGUUUUCAAACUUCCGUGUGUAUCAGAGUCACUGGAAGGCUCAUCAGAGCUCCCCCAGAGGGGCUGAUUCAUUUCGAACAGGUGCCAGAAGCACUGAUGCGCUGGCCCAGGGCCCUCACGUUGAGAAGCCCUGUAGUAGAGGUUCUCACAAUAGGCAUUUGAGAACUAAGUAGAAGUAAAGGGCUAUUGGCACGUGUCGGUGUAUUGAUUAUCAUGAUUACUGGUCUCUUUGACUGUGAUUUGCUGAACAGCCAAACUGCAUAGAAAUGUUUGAGUAAGGUAGCUAUGCCUUGCCAGUUUCUAAUGACAACAUUAUUGUAACUCUGUUGCACUUGGUGCUGAGCACAGAGAGGGCACAGGAAAGUUGAGGUUGGGAUGUUGUCAGAACCAGCCUUAGUUUGGAUUUCUGUUGUCAAUUUUUACCUGUAACGAUUUUGAAUGGCAAGUGAAGUCAAAUUAGCAAGUUUAGUAAACACUGUGGCUCUUCAGGGUAAGGAGGUGCCAAGUGGUGAUUCUAAGAAAAAUCAACCCCACAUAUUAUUUAAUUAGGUUUUCAAAUAAGUAAUUUCCUUGCCACACACCAAAAAAGAAUGCAGAUAAUAGUAAUUUGCCUCUCCUCCUGAAAUGGUAAAAGCACAUAUAAGAAAGUCCUAUGGAAUAAUUUAAUUUUGUAAUUUAUUGAUUGUCUUUUCUUUAAAAGAGCAAUAAAACAUUGUUGGUUCCAACACCACGACUGAGAACGGGGUUGUUUAAUAAGAUCACACCACCCCCUGGGGCAACUAAAGACAUCUUGAGAAAAUGUGCCACCUCUCAGGUAAGCGCCAGAAGCACCGUCCCCACCUAGGAAAGAACUGUACCCUGUGAAGGCUUCUCACAAGUUAGCAUAAGAUAGCAUCACGCAGUUGGAAUUCAUUUUUAACAGGGCCAAAAGAACAGAGAUAUUAAAGUAUUCAAGAAUUCUGUCAUUAAUGGAGCCAAGUAGGAAGACUGAGUAAACAGAUUCUAUUUCUGUAACUCAAUUUCUAUUUUGCACCAAAUUGGCAAAUUAUAAAUUCCUUAUUGUAAGAAAAGGGAAGACGAGUGAUCUGGUUCUCGGCGCUGCCCAGUGUUAACCUGCGAUGUUUAGUAUUGUGGAGCUUUUGCUUAUCCCCAGCCUGUUCGUCAGAUGCUGCCAGAGCGACUGGAGAGAUGGGAUAGAAUUUCCAAAACGUGCUCCACUGGAAAUUGCCUCACCAGUUCUAAAUGAGUAAUUGCUGACAAUUAUAAAUUUAAGAUUUUCUUGAAUGCCUCGCAAUUUAGUAAAACCAAGUGUACAAGUAUGACGUUAGGGUGCAUUAUAAUACAAUUGGUCAUGUAUUUUACAGUUAAGGAAGUCGAAUUUGGUGGCUUUUUUAAGAAUCCUAAAGUAAACUCCAAGUUAUUUAAUUUCUAAUCUACUGAGAAUAAAAAAUAAGGCAAUUCAAGAUACCCUUUUUUAUGGGAUUCACCACUUAAGCCUAAUGUAUAAAACUGGAAUGUUUUAUUGUUUACUUAUUAGCACCCUGCUUAUUCCAAAAAUAGAAUUUGAUAUGAUUUAUAAAAAUACAUAUGAUAAAGUAAAAAAUAUAUAUAGAGAGAGAGAGAAAGGAGCAAAGGAAAAAUAAAGGUAGAAAAAUGAGACAAAACCUUGGUGAUGGUCAGCAUUCACAAAUGCAAGCCGUCUGUUCCUCUGCGGUUGGUCAGUGCCUGCCCCCUAUGGCUCCUGUGAGAUGAUGAGAACACAGGGUUGCCUGCAGUGGAGGGUUUCCUGGACUAAGCCCCUGUGUGACUGUCGGGAAACCCCAAGCCACCCGUAUGCACUGAUCCUUACGGAACUUGUCAUAGCUCUGCACUGACAGACAGAGCCCACUGCCACAUUGAAUGAUCAGUUACUGCUGGAUACAGGACUGAAAAUGGCUUUUUCCUGAGAUUUACAUAAACCAUGUUAUGAGAAUCAUGAAUGUAUUCAACUUCCCUGUUCUUUACAUGCAGGCCUACAUUAAUAUAAAGCGAUACACUUUUGGGACAUUUUGGGUGAAGGGAUAAUUUUUUAGAAAUGAGUAUAUUGUACAUAAAAAUAGUGCCCUUCAGGAUUUUAUAUUGAAUAAAUAUGUCAUACAGUGUUUACUGACCAUGUCUUAUGUGCUAAAUGCAUAUGUUUUGUUAUUUAAUUCCAACACUGGUCUGACAAGGCAGAGGGUGGUGUCAGUGUCUUACAGGGGAAGAAACUGAGGCUCAGAGAGCUCCAGCCUGCUGGGGUCCUGUGGCUCAGAGGCCCUGAACCCAGUUCCCUGGGACUCUGCCCCUGUGUUCUCACCACUGUGCUUUUCUGCCUUAUGGGGAGAAACGAUUUGUUAAAUGUUAUGAAAUUGGCAGUCUAUGAAUUUGUGCUGUGAGUUCCCCUUGGCCACCUUUCUGGGAAAGAGACGGGAACUGCCCUAAAGCGGUUUCUGGAAUGCGGCUUCUCCUGAAACGCCACCUCGGAGGUGCUGUGUGUGCCUGCAUCGGUUUUGUCCGAGAGGUUGAUUCAAACCCUGAGCGCACUUUGAUCAUGAAUUACAAAAUGAGGAAGCAGCUGGCGUUGAAGUUUUCCAAUCCAUGUCUCUGUGUGCAGGGUGUGAGGAACUACAGUGUCCCCAUUGGCUUGGAUUCCAGGGUCCUUGUGGAUUUAGUUGUGGUGGGAUCCGUCGCCGUUUCUGAAAAAGUGGACCUGAUGGAAAAUCCACUUCUCAGCGAUGCCCCGGACCACACAGCGAUACUGAUUCUCGGUUGUCUCUCAGGCUGGAGAAUCGGGAAGGGAGAAGGCUACGCCGAUCUGGAAUAUGCCAUGAUGGUAUCCAUGGGUGCCGUCAGCACGGAGACGCCGGUGGUCACCAUCGUCCAUGACUGCCAGGUCGUGGACAUCCCUGAAGAGCUCCUUGAGGAGCACGACAUCACCGUUGACUACAUCCUCACUCCAACCAGAGUCAUCGCCACAGGCUGCGAGCGCCCACAGCCAAUGGGAAUCACCUGGUCCAAGAUCAGCCGGGAGAUGAUGGAGAAAAUCCCAGUAUUGAGGAGCCUCCGCGCCCGAGAGCAGCAGGCUGGGAAGGACGUCACCCUCCAGGGUGAGCACCAGCACCUUCCGGAACCAGGCCGCCAGCAGGCAGUGCCCCUGAGUGCUGGCAGAAGGCCCCCAGACACACCCGGGCCAGAAGCCAGUUCCAUGGCGGCAGCCUGUGGCUCCCCACCAGGGGAGGGUGCCCCGCUUGCAGCCGACGCUUAUGUUGGGAACCUCCCCCGGGACGCCCGUGUGAGUGACCUGAAGAGAGCCCUGCGUGAACUCGGCUCCGUGCCCCUGCGGCUCACCUGGCAGGGCCCACGGCGCAGAGCCUUCCUCCGUUACCCAGACUCAGCCGCAGCCCAGCAGGCCGUCUCCUGCUUGCAGGGCCUGCGACUGGGCACCGACACCCUGAGGGUGGCGCUGGCCAGGCAGCAGAGGGACAAGUGACCUUGUGGAGAGCCACAGAGCUCACUGCAGACUCACCAUCCCCAUCCCCUGCUGCUCCGGUUCCCAUGGCACUCGAGAGGCCUGCGUGGCAAGACGUGGCAGAGCCACCGCGUGAGCUGCUCGGGUCUCAGUUCUUUCCAGAAGUCACCACUCAGUGAACGCCCAGGGCCUCCUGUGAGUGGGGAAGCGAGCCCACAGUCCAUCUCACAGCACACACAGACUUCAGCCUCCCGUUCGUGCAGGCUCAGGCCUUGAGCCAGUUUGUGUUUCUCUGGAGGGACAGAGCAGAGGGGCCGGGGACUGAGUGAGUGGCGAAGCAGGGGUGGGUGAUGUGAAGAUGAUCUCAGGUUUGCCAGGGGUGGGCUGAACGGGAGAAGAUGGACAAAGGAUCCGGCUCUCAAGAGGCCCUGGCCGGGACUGCAUGCGGGGUACAGAGAGCGCCCUUGGACUUUAGGGUCCUGAGCUGGCAGCAUGGCAGAGAGAGCUCCAUCCGUGUCACAGGAGCCCAGGGAGCUCAGCCCCUGGUUAAAAAGUGCUCACUGCAGCUCAGAUCAGUCCUCAGGUCACACUUUGGGGAGCCAGCGUCCCUUCUUCCCCCUCCCCAGCCCACUCCUCCCUCUGCGGACACACACUCCGGGCCCUCAGCCAGCUGGCUGCACGGGGAGCAACUUGGUGUUGUGGGAGAGACCGGCUCUGGGAGAACGGGUUUCAUCCCAGCCUACGUCACAUUUGCCCAGUGCCUUACGUUUUCUGGUUUUUUCCCUCCAGUUCUGUUUCUAAAAACCAGCUGGAGUUUGGCUGAACUGUCCUUUCUCAACAGAAGCGCUUUUGCAAUUGAUCCCGGGCAACAAGUCAAAAUAAGCUUUUAAGUGGAGAUUUUAUUUUUUUCAAAUGUAUAUGCUUUGGAAAUUUUGAUUUUUUAGCCAGAGGGUUUUACCAAGUGUUAUUUUAAGCACAUUAUUAUGCCUCAAGAGGGCAGCCCUUGCACGCACUUUAAAGAAAAUGUUUUCAGGACACUCAGUCUUCUCUUUGAAAGGGCAUUUUCUCACUGGUUUUCCCGUGAAAAUCCCGUGGAGACUUUGGAAAGAAAACGCGGCCUUAGAUUUGCUCAUUAAAGACUGAUUUCCUUCCUAAGUCGCCAUGAAUAAAAUGGGGGAGUAGAAACGUCUGGAAGCACCACACCUGGCCCUGGGCCCUGGGCCCACUGUGUCCUUGGCCUCCCCCCGACCCGCACGGCUGGUCACAUUUGUCACUGGGCAUUCAGCUCAGUGUCAGAGGCUGACUCAGCCCCCAGUUCAGAGUAGUCACCUGGUUGCACUGAAGUCCUCACCUUCUUUUCUCUCUUUUUUUAAAGAACACUUCUCUUUUUGAAAGAUUCUCGUUUGUUUUUUUGUUUACCUUUUUUCUGUGGAUUUGCUGCCGUUAGAAUAGCAACUCGAGGAGAAGAGCAAGUGAGUCAUCCCUGUCUUGUCCACUCCCUGUCCAGCCAGCAGUGGGCACAGCCCUGCAGACAGGGGCAAGGACUUCUGGGAAUAGACCCACUGGAGCCGGGAGAGGGAGAAGCUGGAUUCUGACCCCACCACUGAAACUCCUGUGUCCAGCCAUGCCUGAUGACCACCCCACCCUCAGACGGCCGGAUUAAACCAGUCAGUACAGGCUCACUCAGGGAAGCCAGACUGCUGGGGUUCCCAGACACUUUAGCCAGAAUAAUCCAGGUGUAUGGAUACACAGAUAAUCUGAAGGAGUUUCUCAUUUUUAUAUUUGUGGAACAUCGUGUAAGAAAAACCAAAGAGCAAGUGCGUGAAAUAAAAUCCCCCACAUGUAUCAGCCUG